AUGCGAGGAUUAUCUCGGUUUGGAAAGAAGGGAAAGCUGAACCCGAGGUACGUGGGUCCUUUUGAGGUACUAGAAAGGAUCGGAAUGUUGCCCUAUAGACUCGCCCCGCCGCCCAACUUAUCGCAGGUCCACAACGUCUUUCAUGUAUCGAUGUUAAGGAAGUACAAGCCGGACCCGACUCAUGUAUUGGACCAUGAAGUUAUAGAAGUGGACGAUCAAGUGACGUAUGUGGAAAGACCGAUCAGAGUUGAAGACAGAAAAGAGCAAGUCUUGAGGAGCAAGACAAUUCCGCUGGUAAAGGUGAUUUGGGAGCACCACGGAACUAAAGGAGCUACCUGGGAGAGCGAGGAAACGAUGAGACAUCAAUACCCCUAUCUGUUUGAGUAG